AUGAUCCGAACUGGAGAGAAACCAUUCACCUGCACUCAGUGUGGGAAGAGUUUCAGCCAAUCAUCAUCCCUUAAUCGCCACAUGAGGAUCCACACUGGAGAGAAACCUUUCACAUGCACUCGGUGUGGGAAAAGUUUCAGCCAUUCAUCAAACUUUAACCGACACAUGAGGAUCCACACUGGAGAGAAACCAUUCACAUGCACUCAGUGUGGGAAGAGUUUCAGCCAAUCAUCAUCCCUUAAUAAACACAUGAGGAUCCACACUGGAGAGAAACCUUUCACAUGCACUCAGUGUGGGAAGAGUUUCAGCCAAUCAUCAAACCUUAAUCUACACAUGAUGAUCCACACUGGAGAGAAACCAUUCACGUGCACUCAGUGUGGGAAGAGUUUCAGUUGCUCAUCUUACCUUAAUCACCACAUGAGGAUCCACACUGGAGAGAAACUAUUCUCAUGCACUCAGUGUGGGAAGAGUUUCAGUCGCUCAUUAUCUCUUAAAGAACACAUGAGGAUCCACACUGGAGAGAAACCCUUCACAUGCACUCAGUGUGGGAAGAGUUUCAGCAAAUCAUCAUCCCUUAAUCACCACAUGUGGACCCACACUGGAGAGAAACCAUUCACAUGCACUCAGUGUGGGAAGAGUUUCACCAACAAAAGCAAACUUAAGAUUCACAUGAGGAUCCACACUGGAGAGAAACCAUUCACCUGCACUCAGUGUGGAAAUAGUUUCAGCCACUCAUCAAACUUUAAUAAUCACAUAAAGAUCCACACUGGAGAGAAACCAUACACUUGCACUCAGUGUGGGAAGAGUUUCAACCAAUCAUCAAACCUUAAUAAUCACAUGAAGAUCCACACUGGAGAGAAACCAUUCACAUGCACUCAGUGUGGAAAGAGUUUUGGAAUACAAAGCAGUCUUAAAAUUCACAUGAGGAUCCACACGGGAGAGAAACCAUUCACAUGUACUCAGUGUGGGAGGAGUUACCACCAAUCAUCAAACCUUAAUAAUCACAUGAAAAGCCACACUGGAGAGAAACCAUUUACAUGCACUCAGUGUGGGAAGAGUUUUGGAAUACAAAACACUCUUAAAAUUCACAUGAGGAUCCACACUGGAGAGAAACCAUUCACAUGCACUCAGUGUGGGAGGAGUUUCAACCAAUCAUCAUCCCUUAAUCUACACAUGAUGAUUCACACUGGGGAGAAACCAUUCACAUGCACUCAGUGUGGGAAGAGGUUUAGCCAAUCAUCAAACUUUAAUAAACACAUGAAGAUCCACAGUGGAGAGAAACCAUUUACAUGCCACCAGUGUGGAAAGAGUUUUAGCAUACCAUCACACUUUAAUCUACACAUGAGGAUCCACACUGGAGAGAAACUAUUCACAUGCACUCAGUGUGGGAAGAGUUUCAGCCAUUCAUCAAACCUCAAUUCACACAUGAGGAUCCACACUGGAGAGAAACCAUUUACAUGCACUCAGUGUGGAAAGAGUUUCAGCCAAUCAUCAUCCCUUAAUUUACACAUGAGGCUCCACACUGGAGAGAAACCAUUCACUUGCACUCAGUGUGGGAAGAGUUUCAGCCAAUUGUCAUCCCUUAAUAUACACAUGAGGAUCCACACUGGAGAGAAACCAUUCACUUGCACUCAGUGUGGGAAGAGUUUCAGCCAAUCAGCACACCUUAAUAAACACGUGUUGAGCCACAAUGGAAAAAAGCCAUUCACUUGCACUUAAGCCACGGUCACACUUGAUUUUUUUCCCCCAUAGACUUCCAUUCAUACGCAUGCAAAUGCGUCAGACCGGAAACACAAGUUCUCCUUCGGUUGGGGUACUUCAGUACUGUACAGUGGAUUUGAUCUUGGAAAAUCCACGUAUGGGAGGAUUCGAUUCAGAAGCCGUUUGUCUGAAAGAGUAUUGAAUGGGCCAAUGAAGCAAAGAAUUGGCAGCGUAAGCUGCUAUGCGUGAUCCCCACUAGGCGAUCCCAAAUGCUUAUUCCGCCACAGUUAAGCCCCCCCCAUGAUCAAAUCCACUGUAUAGCACUUCCGUUACCCUACUCGGGGAACAAAGGGUUACUUCUGUAACCUCAAACGUUCUUGCGUCAAGUUUCGUAGUUCAGUUACUUACAAAGUUUAAUCUUGGUGAAGUCUUACCUGCGAAAUCGCAUCACUUGACUGUGUGAGACCAAUCAAAUAUCAAAACAUGACCUCUCUGGACAGAAAUUUAAAACAUGGA